GUGAGGAAUGAGCGAUCAGCCCCGGAGCUGUGGCCGUCCUUCCCCCGGGAGAUGAACACACACUGUGCCCUUGUCCUGUCCUGAUAUCACUCCCUCCACACCGGACAGAGCCAUGGACGGUCUGCUCGUAGUCUUCCUCAUCUCCCUGGGAAUGUUCCUGGGCUGCUUCCUCCUGGGUCUCAUCCCUCUGGCAUUCAAACUCUCCGAGCAAAAGUUGCAGUUUAUCAGUGUGCUGGGUGCCGGCUUGCUCUGUGGAACAGCGCUGGCUAUAAUUAUACCUGAGGGGAUUGAGCUGCUGGAGGGAUCUUCUAAAGGAUCUCCAGCUAAAUGCUUGAAUGUUGCCCAGAAUGUCAAUAUGACAGAGGCUGUGGCGAUGGAGGAGGAAGUCAUAGAAAUUGCUUCUACUAUCCCACCCCACUUCUUCAUUGGGGUCUUCCUGGUCACCGGAUUUAUUCUGAUGUUUAUCGUGGACCAGAUAGGAAGCUACUGCUCUCAUCAUGACCCCAGGACGGGAAUGUCUGCAGGAACGAGCAUCACGGCCACGCUGGGUCUGGUCAUCCACGCUGCAGCUGAUGGGGUUGCCCUUGGGGCCGCGGUUGCGUCUUCUCAGGUCUCUGUACAAGUCAUUGUCUUCUUUGCAGUCAUCCUACAUAAGGCCCCAGCAGCGUUUGGUCUGGUCUCGUUCCUCAUGCAUGCAGGACUAGAGAAGAAACAAAUUCAGAAGCACCUACUGGCAUUUUCAGUGGCAGCACCCCUACUUGCCAUUACAACGUACUUAAUUCUGACAAUGACAGGGGGCAGCUCACAGCACAAACUCAGCGCUACGGGACACGGCAUGCUGUUCUCAGCUGGGACUUUCCUCUACGUGGCCACGGUUCACGUCUUACCGGAGAUCAGUGGCCGGGGGCACAAUCAACCCCACGGGGCAUCCGAAUACAGACAGCAAGGACUGGGACUGUUAGAGAGUCUGACUCUGGUGGUGGGAGCCUUCCUCCCGGUCCUGCUAUCACUGGGACUUCACGAUGGCUGAACAAGGACCGAGCGAGCACUGCCAACGUACCCGAUUAUUCCACCGGAGAUCGUCCCCCGUAACAAGUCCCAGGAAAUAAUUCCACAACACGAGGUGCGGCCCCUGGGAUGAUAGAACACGAAUAGGACUUUUUAUAUAGAACAGUGAUCUUAAGAUCAUUAGCUAAAUAUGAUCUCUAUUGUCCAGAAUGUUCUAUUAACGUCUAACUUACGAAAAAAUCGAGUAAAUUAUUGUGAUUAAUAGAAAUAGCCGUAAAGAGAUUCUGAUUUCCUGGGCCUUGCUCCGGAGAUUUUCAACAAAAGUUGACGUAUUUCUGUCCAGUCUGCUGACGGCCAUUUUUGUAAUUUGGCCAAUAGCGGUGUCUGUGUCCAUUCUUAAAGGGAAUCUGUAAUGUUUUUACAAUGUUUUUUUUUUUAAAUAUAUAAACUAUUUAAAU